UGUCACAGGGCGCAAAAUUAGCUCACGCCCUUCAAGAUGACCCACUUCUGCAAGUGAAGGGAGCUACUGGACACGAAAGGGUUAUGCCAACAACCGAGAUAGGGUGCAUUGUAUUGGGUAUUUAUUAUCCGCAUCACAGUAGGCAGAAAGGAGUAGGUAUCUAUGUCUUACGCAUUCUCAUCAUUUUCACCAUGUCUGCACAAACCUCUACUCGUCCCAACGGCACAAAUGGCUCUGCAGUUUCCGUGAAGGGACAGCUGGAUGCGUCCAAGCUCAAGUUUGACUUGACAACAGCGCUGAAAGAUGUCCCCAAGCCUGGAUCCGCUGAGUUGUGGGAACAGAAUGUCGCGACAGACCACAUGGUCACCUGCCGCUGGACGGUACAGAACGGCUGGGAAGACCCGGUUAUCAAGGCCUUCGGCGACUUGACUAUUUCGCCUCUUGCAUCUUGCCUUCACUACGCCACUCAGUGCUUCGAGGGCAUGAAGGUUUACCGCGGUUAUGAUAAUCGCGUUAGACUCUUCAGACCGGAUCGAAAUACAAAGCGCUUGGUUAUGAGUGCAGAGAGAGUCUCACUACCAGGUUUUGAUCCCGAACAGCUUGUCGAAUUGAUCAAAGCCUUGGUUCGCGUUGAUGCGAAAAGAUGGCUGCCAGAGCCCGGCAGCUUUCGGUACAUCAGACCAGCUUUAAUCGGAACUGGGCGCCAACUGGGUGUCCAAAUCCCCAAAGAAGCCAUCUUGAUGGUCACGAUGGUAUGCUGGCCCGAUUUCUCCACCGAGGUUCCUCCAGGUGUAGAGCCAAGAUCGGAUCUACGUCUUAUCACGUCGAAGAAUGACACGAUCAGAGCGUGGCCUGGUGGUUUUGGCUACGCCAAGGUCGGUGCGAAUUAUGGCCCUAGCUUUGCAUCUCAUUGCGAUGCGCAACAGGCUGGCUACGAUCAGGUGUUGUGGUUGUUGGGCGAGGAAGGACAAGUCACUGAGGCUGGGGCCAGUAAUUUCUUCGCAGUUGUCCGAGACGAAAAGACUUCGAAGCCGGUUCUGCUAACGGCUCCAUUGACGGAUCGAGUCAUUCUCGAUGGCGUCACCAGAAGGUCUGUUCUGGAUCUGGUUGAAAGCCGACUAUCCGAGGAGCUCGAGGUCAGAGAAGCGAAAUUUACGAUUCAAGAUAUUGAGAAGGCCUGGAGAAAUGGUCUACUUCAAGAGGCAUUCGUGUCUGGCACUGCUUUUUUCAUCAAGAACGUAUCGACCAUUCGGUCAAGCUACAACUACCGUCUACGAAUGGCCAAGCACGCUCAAGUGACUCUAGGUGUUUUGGGACGAUAUUAUUCGGCCCGGCAUACCUUGGGACAAUACCGCUCAGCAUGUGUAACGGCAACAUAUACCAUAUCGCUCCCAAAUGACUCAUUGUUGAAUGAACUUGAUAAUGCACUCGAGCAUGCUCUGCAAGCCACCAUUCAACAACAUGGCGGUCUACGCUAUGGUAUUUCCGAUGAGAAAGAAGCUGGUAUUCCGCUGUUCGGGCAGAUCUGCACAUUCGACCGCCAGGACAUUUUGGAGGUCAUUGACAGCCAGCAUGUCAACGGCAACGAUAGGAAGGCCGGGGAUAUGACUGAUGAUGUUCUAUCAAAAGUACUCGAAAAUGGUCAUUCAGAGCUCUGGCCUCAAAACAAGCCAGCCUGGAAGGCUGUUGUUGUGAAGCAUACAGGCAACUGCAAAUCUAGCCCAUCCUCAAAGAUGGACAUCGUCUUCUUUGCACACCACGCUAUAGCUGAUGGAUUAAGUGGACUUGCCUUCCAUGCCUCUCUCAUGAACAAUCUCAAGCUCAAAACACCUGUCCCUGCGCAGUGGCCUCUGGAAUUGAACGAGUUACAGGACCCUCCGCCCACAAUCGAAGAGCGAGUGGACUGCCUCUCGUGUAGCUGCACUACCUGCACGACUCCAGACAAAUCUGAUGAGCCAGUUUGGGGAGGGGGACCCAUACCCGCAACACCGACGGUCAAUUACGAAUCUUGUGUUCGUAUAGUGACAGUUCCAGCGGCACCGUUUUCCGUCCUCCUUAAAAAGUGCAAGCAGGCCAAUGUCACAGUCACCGGGCUCCUCCACGCUAUCAUAUGUACUUCGAUGGGCUGUUCUAUCAAAGAAGAUGUUCCUGGGUUUCGAGCUGUUACACCCUUCUCAGCGCGACGACAUACUAGAGCCUCUGACGCAGAAAUCGUGAACCAUAUCUCUUAUUUAACCAGCUACGUCUCUUAUGAAGAUCUGCAAAAGUUCAAAGACUGCCAGCACGGCUCUAGCACCGAGGAGCAGCAUAUUAUAGACCUUGCGCGCCGUUUCUCCAACGAAGUAGCGACAAAGGUCAAAGAGUUCCCGCAUGGAAGCAUGGCUACAAAAUUCAACCAGGUCCAAGAUAUCCUACAGGAAUGUCAAAGCCAAGGCGGUGCACAAAGGCGAUAUACGUAUGAGCUGUCGAAUCUUGGUUCAGUUUCGAGCAUAUGUCCCCCUGAAGGGAGUGAUAUCAAGCUUGGCAGACUGGUCUUCACGCAGUGCGGUUUUGUUGCUGGUCCCGCGUUAGGAUUCAACUGUUUCGGUCGAGGGCGUGAGCCUGGGCGCAACCUGGCCUCUCCGAUGUUCGCAGGUGACAAGGCGCAUAACUUAAGGCGUAGGGCGCUCAUGGCGCACGAAAUGAGAUCGGAAUCCGCGAUGGAAUGGAUCGUCCUUAUUCCCGAUAUCGAAGGCUCAUUAGAGACGCGGAUGAGAGUGCGAGAAACACAUAUUAAGGAUAUGCUUCGGCAUAUCGACUCUGGUUUAUUCCAAAUGGGCGGGGGCACUUUGGCUGGAAAUACUGUUGACGGUAGCGCCAUUAUUGCCCGCGCCAAAUCUGAAGCAGACGUCAUGUCUGUUCUCGAGACUGACAUUUAUGCUCGAAGCGGAGUUUGGAACCUAGAAAAGAUCAAAUUUAUUCCUUCGACAUCAGCCAUGGAGUCAAUUGCCAUCCUCCAAAAAGGCAAAGGCCUCACCCAAGGGAUUGUUACUCUACCUCCCCUAAAGGAGCAUCAGGUUUACGUAAAGGUUGAAUACGCGGCCUUCAAUCCAACUGAUCGCCUUGCUCUUGACGUCAACGCCUUCGGAGAUGACGCAGUACUGGGCUGUGACUUCGCCGGCCAAGUGGUGGAUGCCCAUUCAACUGUGACCAAAUUGAAGCCUGGCGACAAUAUUGCUGGCUUUGUUUGGGGUGGAGAGAUCAAGGGCCUAGGAGCCUACUCGAUGUACACAAUCGCUGAUGAGCGACUGUCCUUUAAGAUACCCGAAAACAUUAAUCCAGCCGAGGCUUCUUCAGUUCCAUUGGCUGCUAAUACAGCAUGGCUUGCUCUCUUCUCUGAUGACUGCCUUGCACUCAAUCCAAACAAUACAGGAAACAAAAGUUCCUUGUUGAUCUGGGGAGGCAACACAACCGUGGGUUACUUCGCUAUUCAGCUCGCCAAGCUUCAUAAUAUCGAAGUCGCUACAACCUGCAGCCCUCAGAACUUCGAUAAGAUGCGACAAGCUGGCGCAACUCAUGUCUUUGACUACAACGAUGAGGAGGUUGUAUCCAAGAUUCGAUCAGCACUGCCAAACCUGCAGCACGUCUUUGAUACAGUUGGCAACGAAACCUCCUCAGCGACUGCGGCUAGAUCGAUAAGCCAACCAGAAGGCGUGCUAUGUACCGUUCGCCCAGGCAAGGCAAACACCCAAGACGUUCCGUAUCAUAUUAAAGUCACGGAUGUAUUUGUCUUUACUGCUUUCCCUACAGAGCAUAGCUAUCGAGGCAAGGCGCAUUGGCCUGUGAAAAUGAAUGAUCACAAACUCAGUGCCGAUUUUCAUGGUCAGUUAGAGACAUUACUCGGAAACGGAACUCUCAAGCCAUCUCCGGUCCGUCUUAUGGGACAGCUCAGUCCGUCUACAGUCGACAAGGCGAUGGAUUUAAACCGCCAGGGCUCUGUGUCGGGUGAAAAGCUUGUCUUUGAAGGCUUCGCUUAGAAUGUCAGCCGGCGGUGCUUAUUCAAUAUUCGACAGGGAUGCAUUCGAUUGACGUAGUUCCUUUGCUUACGAAGCAAUAGCCAAACGAGAGAAAGUCGUUUUCAC